UGAUGACAUCAUUUUAUUGGAUGAACUAUCAUUUAAAGUUUAUUGUUUAGUUUCUUAGAAAAUCUUGAAGUUGUUGUUUUUUUGUAAAUUACACAACGUUUGUUUUUACUGAAAGCAUUGGGAUGGCAGAGGCGUGAAGAAAAAACAUGUAAAUGACGUGGGCUGUUCCCGCCCUCGUCUGCAUGUUUCUAUUAGGUCCUAUAAGCACAUGUUUAAACACUCUGCCGACGGUUUUCUCCCAUUGAUAAGCUUUAUUCUUAGCUAACAUUUCAUCAUGUCUGGAAGAGGCAAAGGCGGAAAGGGACUCGGAAAAGGAGGCGCGAAGCGUCAUCGUAAAGUUCUGCGUGAUAACAUCCAGGGGAUCACCAAGCCUGCCAUCCGUCGUCUUGCUCGACGCGGCGGAGUGAAACGUAUCUCAGGUCUCAUCUACGAGGAGACUCGCGGUGUGUUGAAGGUGUUUCUGGAGAACGUUAUCCGUGACGCCGUCACCUACACCGAGCACGCCAAGAGAAAGACCGUCACCGCCAUGGACGUCGUGUACGCGCUGAAACGACAGGGACGCACUCUGUACGGCUUCGGAGGUUAA